AUGUCUCCUGCCAUCGUUCAAGCCGGUGCUGGUUCUGCCUCUAAGGAUGUCAAGAGAGAAUCGGCGACUGCUCGUCUGCUGGGCUCAGGAACCGCCGGUAUUGCCGAAUUGAUGGUUUUCCAUCCCGUUGAUACCAUAGCGAAGCGAUUGAUGAGCAAUCAGACUCGGAUCGCAUCCACCGAAGUCUUUAGCCAGGUCGUCUUCAAGGAGUACGCGACUGCUCCUAUCGGACGCAAGUUCACCUCCCUCUUCCCCGGGCUGGGCUACGCUGCUGGAUACAAGGUUCUGCAAAGAAUUUACAAGUAUGGUGGUCAGCCUUUUGUUCGGGACUAUCUCGCCAAGCACCAUGGCUCCGACUUCGACCGUGCUUUCGGAAAGGGGACUGGCAAGGCCAUCAUGCACGCUACUGCUGGAAGUUUGAUCGGUAUCGGAGAAAUCGUCCUUCUACCCCUUGAUGUUCUGAAGAUUAAACGUCAGACGAAUCCCGAGGCCUUCCGUGGACGUGGCCUCUUCAAGAUCAUCUCCGACGAGGGUAUGGGACUCUACCGUGGCGCUGGCUGGACUGCAGCUCGUAACGCCCCCGGAUCUUUCGCGCUCUUCGGUGGUUCCGCUUUCGCAAAGGAGUACAUUUAUAGCUUGAAGGACUACAACAAGGCCACGUGGGGUCAGAACUUUGUGGCGUCCAUCUGUGGUGCUAGUGCGUCUCUGGUCGUGUCUGCUCCUUUGGACGUCAUCAAGACUCGUAUCCAGAACCGCAACUUUGAGAAUCCCGAGUCUGGCUUCCGAAUUGUGUCCAACAUGAUGAAGAACGAGGGAUUCACCAGCUUUUUCAAGGGCCUGACUCCUAAGCUACUGAUGACUGGGCCAAAGCUCGUUUUCAGCUUCUGGCUGGCCCAGACCUUGAUCCCUGCAUUCGGUCAGGUCGUCUAA